AUGGAUGGAAUUCUCGUCCGCCGCGCAAAGACCGCCGGUUUUCUCGACUCCAUUGUUACGUCAGAUGAAAAGUGGAUAUGUUACGAUAACACAACGAGAAAAUGGCAGUGGUUCGACGCCGGUGAACCGCCAAAACCGACUCCAAAACCGAAUAUCCACGGAAAAAAAGGUGAUGCUUUGUAUUUGGUGGAACACCGCGUGGACCAGGCAUUGCGUCGUCAAGGUAAAACACGGCGACUACAAAAAUUCCUCCAAGACAACGCUCGAUCGCACACCGCGAAGAUCACUCAGCAGAAAAUCGAGGAAUUUGGCUGGGAAGUUCUCCCUCAUCCGCCAUAUAGCCCGGACUUGGCCCCAUACCACUUGUUUUGGUCGAUGCAGCACUCUUUAGCAGAAAAAAAAUUCAAAAACCGCGAAGAAGUUGAAAUCUGGGUGUCCAACUUCUUCGAGUCGCAGUUGCCCGAGUUCUUCGAAAAGGGCAUCCAUUCUCUGCGUGAAAGAUGGCAAAGAGUCAUUGAUAAUGAUGGCGAAUAUCUUUUGGAU